GGAUUACUCUGAACUUAAUAACCAAAACAUAACUUUAAAACCUGCAUGAAUAACUGGGAAAGCCAAGGGUUUAUUAAAACACUUUCAGCUUCCGCCUACAGCUGGGUGUCGAUUCCCCGCCCGCCCCCUUGAUUCCGGGCAGAUGAGGGAAUUUGCCUGCAGUGACGUACAUCACAACAUGUCCAUUUUCCUUCCGUGUUUUGCUUGUGUUUGAAAUAACCUGCUUAGUUUAGUAUGUCGUCAAACUAGACUGUGGACUGAAAAGCAGAGAUACAAAACCUGACAUCCACCCUGUCUGAGUAUUUCUACAUAAGGAGAACAAAAUGGUGAACUGUGGCCUGCUGACAACCAAAAAAGAGCCAGUGCCACUGAAGCACAUUGAGGUGGAUCUGCAGGUUCAGGGACAUGUAGCAACGGUGACCUCCACCCUGCAAUAUAAAAAUGAGGAAGAGCAUGCCCUGGAGGCUAUAUUUGUCUUCCCAAUGCCUUCAGGAGCUGCCCUCUGCCAAUUCAGUGCCAAAAUUGCAGAUCAGGAGAUAGUGGCUGAGGUGCAGGAGAAACAGGAGGCGCGGGAGCAGUACGAUGAUGCACUGAGUUCAGGUCAACAGGCUUUCCUGCUGGAGGAGAGUGAGGAGUCUGUGGAUGUGUUCAGGCUGAGUGUGGGGUCUCUGCCUCCACACCAGAGUGCAGCCGUCACCUUCAUCUAUAUCAUUGAGCUGAGUGUGCAGGCUGAUCAUUCACUGCAAUUCUGCCUGCCUGCAGUGCUCAAUCCUCGUUACUCACCAGCCGGUACAGGUGGUGGUAUAGUGUCAGAGAUAACAUCAAGUUCCACUGGUGUUCCCUAUUCUCUCUCUUUUACUGCACAAGUAAGCUCUCCAAACCCCAUCACUAAAGUGGAGUCCAAAUGUCCACUAGAGCCCCUGACAUUCCUCAACACAGAGCACACAAAGGCAAAGGUGAGCCUUUCUGCAGGUCAUAAGUUUGACAGAGAUGUGGAGCUGUAUGUAUAUUAUCAGAAUCCCCAUCAGCUCACCGCUAUAGUGGAGGCUGGAGCUCCUGAAGGCCAGCAAGGGACUCUAAUGGGAGAUCCCGCAGUCAUGGUCAGUUUCUAUCCAGAGUUUCCUGAGUCGGUCAUGUCCUCCACAUCUUGUGGUGAGUUUGUGUUUGUUAUGGACAGAUCUGGCAGUAUGGACUGCAGCAUGCAUAAUGGACAAGGUGCACAACCGCGCAUCAAAUGUGCCAAGGACACGUUGCUCCUGCUGCUAAAGAGUCUUCCCAUGGGCUCUUACUUCAACGUCUAUGGUUUUGGCUCUAACUUUGAAUCCUUCUUCCCGAAAAGUGUACAGUACAGUCAGGACACUAUGGAUCAGGCUGUAAAGAGGGUUAACGAAAUGCAAGCGAAUAUGGGGGGCACAGAGAUUCUGCGACCUCUGAUACACAUAUACAAACAACCUUGCAUCCCUAACCACCCAAAACAGCUGUUUAUAUUUACAGAUGGUGAAGUAGGAAACACCAAAGAUGUUCUUCACCUUGUGAGAGAAAAUGCUGAUUUCCACAGAUGUUUCUCAUUCGGGAUUGGUGAAGGAGCAAGUUCUGCGCUCAUUACAGGAUUGGCUGAGAACGGCUCUGGCCACGCCCAAUUCAUCUCAGGAACAGAUCGCAUGCAGGCCAAAGUAAUGCAGUCUCUUCGCUUUGCUUUACAACCAGCAGUAACUGAUAUCUCUGAGGAUUGGACUGAUUUGUCUUUCACACGUCUGAGCCCCCCGAUUAAAGCCCUCUUCCAUGGACAAAGAGCACUGAUUUAUGCUCAGUUGAAAGGAGAGGACUGUCAGAAACGAGAGACCAGUGGAAAGAUUUCAGUGCGGUACCACCUAGGAGAUCAAGAAAUCUCAAACACUGUCCACUUCUCCCUAAAACCUAUUGAGAAUAGAGGACUGGCCAUCCACAGGUUGGGUGGUCGCUCUCUGAUUCGCAGCUUGGAAAGGGAGGAGCAGGAUGAUGGAGCUGAUAAAGAGGCUCUUAAGGCCAGAGUGGUGGAACUGAGUAAACAGUCUGGAGUGAGCAGCUCACACACUGCCUUCAUAGCUGUCAAUAAGGGCAGUGGACAAGCUGUGAAAGGACCACUGGUGACAAGAAGAAUUCAUACAAUGAGGGCAAUGAUGUGCAAAAGCAGUCCACCAAUGGCAAAUUACUUUGUUACACCUCAUCCCCCUCUGCGUCUAUGCCUCAACACCAUGCCCACAGUCCAACAUCCAACAGAACGUGACAAUUGUAUGCCUAUGAGAAAGUGCGGUAUGCCUAUGAAGAAGUCACUUAAAUGCUUAAUGCCAAUGUCAGCCAGGGCAGGAGGCUUUGGAGGAGCAAUGCCAAGCGCAGCUAUUCCCAAACUUGAAACUUCUGAUGAUUUAGUGGACCCACUGCUUCAGCUGAUUUCCCUCCAGAAAGCUUUGGGUUGCUGGGAAAUGACGUCUUCAAUGGCAGAGGUGUUUGGAAAGACAGAACAAGUGCUGAUGAAGCAUAUCCCUGAACAGGUGAAGCCAGAUGUCUGGGCUACACUUCUGGCUCUGAUUUGGUUACAUGGCUUUAAGAUUGAUGCACAGGUCGAGUGGCAAUUUUUGGCCAUGAAAGCAAUAGCAUGGAUCCGCACUCAAAAAGUGGUCAACCAGUCAGAGUGUGUGCGGGUAGGUAACUCUCUACUGGGCUGCCAGGUUGAAGAAGAUGCUCUUGGACUCUGAAGAUUUUACCCUCUUACAGCAUUCACACAAAAGCCUUUGAAAAAUUGGCAUAAUUUCUUUUUCAACUUAUAUAUAUUAAAAAAGCUUUACUUUACUAACUAAAUUUUGG